AUGUCUUCAACUGGCACCACGACAACGACUGGAUCCGCUGGUCAGGAUAUUCCAGAAUCAAUUAAGCCCUCUACCGGCAAUGGGUUGACUUUGGGCACUCAAGGUGUGCAUAACCUACUGAUAGGUGAGCACGAGUUUGCUAAUAAGAAACCGGUUUUCAAGACCAAGGAAGAAGAGCGUCGCCAUACGUUAGAGCACAUGGCGUGUGCGUUUCGGGUUUUCGGCAGAAGAGGCUAUAGCGAGGGUUCUGCAGGUCAUAUCUCCGUGCGGGACCCUGUGAACCCUGAGACGUUCUGGAUAAACCCACUGGGCCGUCAUUUUUCCCUCAUGAGGGUCUCUGACCUUGUGCAUGUGGACGGCGAGGGUAACAUCUUGCCCGAUGGUAACCAGGCCGUCAUCAACAGAGCCGGGUUCAAAAUCCACUCUCACUUACACAGAGCUCGACCAGAUGUCAACGCUGCCUGCCACAUGCACAGCGUCUACGGUAAGGCGUGGUCCGCUUUCGGCAGGGAGCUGGACAUGAUCAACCAGGAUGCGUGUCUGCUUUACAAAAAACACACUGUGUACCAGAACUUUGGCGGAGUCGUUUUCGAGGACGAGGAGGGCAGAAGACUAGCCCAGGCCCUCAAAGACAACAAAGCUAUCAUUCUGAAAAACCACGGCCUACUGACAGUCGGGGAAACCAUCGACGAGGCUGCUUACCUAUUCACGAUGAUGGAACGCACGUGCGAGGUCCAACUCCAAGUGGAAAUGGCCUCCAAGAGCGGACUAGAAAAACAGAUUAUCGGUGAUGAGGAGGCCUACUACACCUACUUCAACACCUCGGAUCCUGAAACGCUUUACACAGAAUUUCAACCCGACUACGACCUGGAGAUGGAAUUGUCGAAUGGCGAUUUUUUGAAGUAG